UAUAAAAACCCUAAUCUCCCUGAACCGAAACCCUAGCAACCUCCUCUUCUUCUUCACACAAUCAUCAUCGUUAUCUCUCUCUCUCUCUAGCCAAAUCAAGAUGCAGAACGACGAAGGAGUGAUCACAGAGCUUUACAUUCCACGUAAAUGCUCGGCCACAAACAGGCUCAUCACCUCCAAGGACCAUGCGUCCGUACAGGUCAACAUUGGACACCUUGAUGAGAAUGGUGUCUACACUGGCCAGUUCACUACUUAUGCUCUCUGUGGCUUCGUCCGUGCUCAGGGUGAUGCUGACAGUGCAAUUGAUAGGCUUUGGCAAAAAAAGAAGAGUGAAGUGAAACAACAGUAAUAAUAAUAAUAAUAGAAUGUAGGAAGAGGAUUCAAUUGUCUUUGUGAUGAGUCUUUUUUGUUUAGUCAUAUGAAAAUCUUUCUAUGUUUGUUUUUGGAUUUAUGGUUGGUAUUAUUUAGAAACACCAUUGAGUUAUUGAAAGCUUACUAAGUUUUGAUUUUAUUU